AAUGGCGGCCCCUCUCAGGCUUCUCUCUGGUCAAGUACUGGCUCUCUUUCUCUUAUUUAUCGAGGAUAGUAAGAGAAAGAACGUCAAUCAGACGCGUAAUAACACGUUCAACCGGCAAUCACCGGCAAUAUAAGUUUAUAUCAUAUAAAUGUGCAAAGUAUAAUUUGCCUAAGUAAACUGUAAGUCAGCUGUCAUCAAAAUGAGCAAGGCACAUCCGCCCGAAUUGAAAAAGUAUAUGGAUAAAAGGCUAUCUCUAAAAUUGAAUGGAGGUCGACAUGUCAUUGGUAUACUAAGAGGCUUCGAUCCAUUCAUGAAUAUGGUUAUAGAUGAAAGUAUAGAGGAAUGCAAAGAUGGUACUAAAAACAAUAUUGGGAUGGUGGUAAUUCGUGGCAACAGCGUCAUAAUGUUAGAAGCUUUAGAUCGAAUAUGAUUCAUGCUACUAGAAUUUUAUCUACAUUUUUAAUAUGUAUAUCUCUGAAUAAAUAAUCAAAUUUUUGUAAAAAUAUGUAGAUAUCUGGAAUUCCUUUUUUUCUGUAACAAAUAAUUUAGAUUAAAAUUUUUGUGCAUCUAUAAACCAUUAUUAAAAGAUAUACGAUUUACAUCUAAAAUAGAAAUAUAUGAUUAACUAGUAAAUUUUUAUUACAAAUAUCGCUAAAAAGAAAGAAAUAUAGAAAAUUAUCAGUAUUUAAGCUAUAUUAUAUCCUCUAGUAAAUAGAAAGUAAAUAAAUAAACAAACCUAUUUUAUUAAAAUUUUCAGUUGUAAACUGAAGUAAUAGAGAAUAUAAUUAACAUAUUUAUAAAUUGUCAACUAAUUUAUUUCCUCAUGCAAUAUUUAACAUUUAACAGAUAGUUCUUGGGAUAAUUAGCAAUACUUGUGAUUUAUUUUACAGCUUCAUUAUAUAUUAGCUAUUUUAUAUAUUUUUAUUGCAAGCUUUAUAUUUUUAUAUUGCAAUAAUACAAAACAGAUUAUGAAAACGCAUGAAUAAGAUAGAUAUCUUCAAUAUACAAAGCAUGAAACAAUAUUUAUAUACUAUUAGAGCAAUGUAACAAUUUUGUUGCAUGUUAUACUUCAUUUUGCAAUCUUAGAUCCACAAUAUUACAAAGCAUACUCUUUAUGAACAUGUGCGCCCUAUGUGCAAGAUACAUAUAGAUUCUAUAUCUGCUAAUUCAAGACUCAAACUAUCUAACAAUAGAGAGACAUAUAUCAAGUAAGAUUUGUAUUUACAGCUUGAACAUAUGUUUAUUAGCUAGAGAAAUAUAUAGAAAGUGUAGAACAUGGUCAAAUAGAUUUAUUUCUGCAGAGACAAGUCACUUAUAAGUCUAUAAAAAAUAAAUAUGACUAUAUUAGAAGAAAUAUUUCAAAUUUACAAGGCACUCAACAUUUCAUCUUUCAUAUUCAGGAACAUUAUUUAUCCUCAACAAAUUGUAGGUAUGACAUCGUAUAAUAAAAUACUUUAUGACAUUAUCUUUCUCUCUCUCUCUCUCUCUCUCUCUCUCUCUCUAUUUUACAUUCUAGCCAGACAGAGCAGAAUGAAUAUUAAAUAGUCAAUACUCCACAAUGCGUGCACAAUAUACACACAAACUUAUUGUUAAAAAUAUUCCAUUGUUUCAUAUAUUUGUACUGUUCUGCUCUUAUAAUAUCAACUGUAUUAUAAAACAAAAAAAAUUAUUAUUAAACAUAUAAAGUGUGCAUAUAAUAAAUUUUAGAAAAUAAGAUUGUCAUCUUAUGUGUUCUGAUACUGCAACAUUUUAUAUUUAUGGCUUAUUUUAAAAAAAAGGAGUGGUAUUUAGAUAUUGCUUUUAAAGAAGGAAACAAUGAAAUAAUAAAUCUAUAUCACAUCAUAAAUAAAUAAAAACGUAGCUUCUAUUUUUUUAUUUUAUACGCUUCUUUGAAUAGAAAUAAAAUGCAAUACAAAAAAAUAUACUUGUAUUACAUUUUAUUGUGUUAUAUAACUUAUAUCAUGUCAAUUAAAUUAGUAAAGAAUGGCCAAUUCGAGCCAAAUUUGGUUCAAAUUGGCCUUUCUUUAUUAAUUUGAUUUGACAUCUAUAAAUUUAUGUCAAUUAAUUAAUAAUGAGGGGACGGGUCUUUACACAAUAUGUAGCAGGAUGUAAUUUUUAAUCUAUAUCUGCGAUAAUUAAUUGACUAUAUUCAAGAAUAAAGCCAAUUUUAUAUUCUUCUAUCUUAAACUAAAAUAUUUUUUAUGUACAUAAACAUUAUUACAUUGUGCAUCGACAUAUGUGUCAAUGACGUGUCAGUUUAUAAUAAAUAGAGAUAGUGUGCGCUCACACACAGUCAUUUAUAUAUUACAAUUUAGUUUUAUUAAUUUAUUAAUAUUAGAUAUAUAUACAUAUAUAUAUAUUUAAUAUUAAUAAAUAUAUAUAAAACUAAAUACAUACAUAUAUAUAAUACUACUAUUUGUUAUAUGUAUAUAAUAACUCAUAUCAUAAAUAUUAUAUAUUAAAUAAUUAUUAAUAAUUAAUAAUAAUAAUAAGGUGCUUUACAAUUGUCAACAAAUUGUACAACUUACACUUUCUUAUGAUACAAAAUUAGUAAAAAAAA